UGGUGAGUUGAGGGGUUGAUUUGCCACCAGUUGGGGUUGAGGGGUUGAUUUGCCACCAGUUGGUGAGUUUAGGGGGUGAUCUGCACCUUCUGCCAAAUCAUUUCCCCUCCCUGACCCUAGGAACUCAAUUGAAAAUAAAAUAAGUUAGUGAUCUUAGAUUAAGGAAAAAAAAAAUCUUUGAGUGCUAAAAGUGCGGAUUUCUCAUUUACACUAAUAAAUAGACACAUGCCGGAUCUUGUCCCCAAGUGAGCUGUAGCUUUUUUGGGCGGAGAAGUUCCUUUGGGUGGCUAUCAGGCACAAUGUCACUGUUGGUGAUGAUAAGGAUUCAAAAUGGGGUUUUCUUAAAAUCAAGGGUAUCUAGUUUGCCGAGGCUGGAGGUUAAGAGGAUUAUCGAGUUGUAUAUGGUGAAAUCUGAAUCUGUUAGGGUGUCUAAGAUUCUGCCUGAUAUUGUAGAAACUAGAAUCUUUAGCAGCUUUUAUGUAUUUUGAUGCAAUUUUGGUACCCAAAAGCUGAGGAUGGUCUGUAGUUAACUGUUUACUGGUACCAAUUUCUUGUUUCUACCUAAUGACAUUAGAGGGUUUAUAUGGCCUUAGGAUUUAAGGCAUUGUUAUUAUGUAUAUCUGUAGUUCUUCAGGGGUCCAAUGGAACCCAUAGCUACACCUUUUUAUUUAGCCUUCAAUUAGUGACUAUUUGUUUCAUCUUUACAGUCGAUGUCAAGCAUGGAGUCGAUGUCAAGCAUGGAAAGAAGGAACAAGUAUUGCCAAAUGUGGAAAGAAGUAUUGUCUAUUGUGUGUGGAUGGUGUACUAGUUGCCUUGAGCUCCUCCGAGCAGAAAGAAAUUGCAAAGAUUAAUGAUUCAAAGUAGCAUUGCAGUGCAGAUGCUAUCAUAAUUUGCCUUCUAAAACUGGGAUGCUUGAUUUUUCUGUUGUGGAAGAUCAAUCUUUUGAGAAUGAGAGAGUGAAACAGAAGCUAAAUGAGCUCUGUCAAGAAAAUGCCGAAAUCUAUUUGUAGGUACAGCCUAUGCUCUUUUGUAGGUUUUAUGAUAAUAUCAAGAUGAAGGUGCUGUAAAUUAGCAGUUUCCUCUAUUAUCGUACAGGCUUAUAGCUAUUUGUGGCCACUGUCAUGCUGACUUCUGAAGGUUAAAUUCUUUUUUUUUUUUUUUAGAUAUUAUAAACUCACUAACAAUGUUUGCCCAAAAAACCUCAUUAGGAAUGUUCUUAGAAUGUUCUGUUUUCAAAGUUACCUAGUAUGAAGGAUAGAACAAUGAGAUGGGUAAGUCUAAGCUUCAUGCUAGAAGGCUCAUGUUAAGAAGGUUACAUAUUCUAAAUUCCUUUUUCUCAUUGAAGUAUGUUUAGUUCUUCGUUGAAUCUGAAUAACUAGUUUAUAUCCAA